UUCCUGUUGAUCCGGCUCGCAGGAGGGCCGGGCCCGGAGGAGGGCCGGCGGGCGGGCGGCGGCGGCCACUGGUCAGGCGUGGGCGCGCGCAGAGCUGUCACGAGCAUAGAGCGUCCGUCUCGCCGCCUAAGCACGGACCAGCCUCGGCGGCCUCGCCUCCCUCCUUCCCUCCGUCCUUCCAUCCGGACCUCGGUCCCGCUGUGCAACACCAUGCCUGCGGUGGACAAGCUGCUGCUGGAGGAGGCGUUGCAGGACAGCCCCCAGACUCGCUCUUUACUGAGUGUGUUUGAAGAAGAUGCUGGCACCCUCACAGAUUAUACCAACCAGCUGCUCCAGGCGAUGCAGCGCGUCUACGGAGCCCAGGUAUCCUGCCGCCCCCUCACCUGGAAAGGAGUAGAGAAUGAAAUGUGCCUGGCCACCCAGCAGCUCUCCAAGCAGCUGCUGGCGUAUGAGAAACAGAAUUUUGCUCUUGGCAAAGGCGACGAAGAAGUAAUUUCUACACUCCACUAUUUUUCCAAAGUGGUGGAUGAGCUUAACGUUCUCCAUACAGAGCUGGCCAAACAGUUGGCAGACACAAUGGUUCUACCCAUAAUACAGUUUCGAGAAAAGGAUCUCACAGAAGUAAGCACUUUAAAGGACCUUUUUGGACUCGCCAGCAGUGAGCACGACCUCUCAAUGGCAAAAUAUAGCAGGCUUCCCAAAAAAAAGGAGAACGAAAAGGUGAAGACUGGAGUUGUGAAGGAGGUGGUGGCCGCCCGGCGGAAGCAGCACCUGGCGUCCCUCCAGUACUACUGCGCCCUCAACGCUCUGCAGCACAGGAAGCGCGUGGCCAUGAUGGAGCCCAUGAUAGGCUUUGCCCACGGACAGAUUAACUUUUUCAAGAAGGGAGCGGAGAUGUUUUCCCAAAGUAUGGACAGCUUUUUAUCUUCCGUCGCAGACAUGGUUCGCAGCAUUCAGGUGGAACUGGAAGCCGAAGCGGACGCGAUGCGGGUGUCCCAGCAAGAGCUGCUGUCUGUCGAUGAAUCUGUUUACACUCCAGACUUCGAUGUGGCCACACCGCAGAGUAACAGGAGCCUCGUCCAGAAGGCUGGUUACCUUAAUCUUAGAACUAAAACAGGGCUGGUCACCACCACCUGGGAGAGACUUUACUUCUUCACCCAAGGCGGGAAUCUCAUGUGUCAGCCCAGGGGAGCCGUGGCUGGAGGUUUGAUCCAGGACCUGGACAACUGCUCCGUGAUGGCCGUGGACUGUGAAGACCGACGAUACUGCUUCCAGAUCACCACCCCCAACGGAAAAUCGGGAAUAAUCCUCCAGGCAGAAAGCAGAAAGGAGAAUGAAGAGUGGAUAUGUGCAAUAAACAACAUCUCCAGACAGAUCUACCUGACCGACAACCCCGAGGCGGUCGCCAUCAAGUUGAAUCAGACGGCUCUCCAAGCAGUGACUCCCAUUACAAGUUUUGGAAAAAAACAAGAAAGCUCGUGCCCCAGUGAGAACCCGGAAAAUUCAGAGAUGGAAAAUGACAAGAUUGUUCCCAAAGCAACAGUCAGUAUACCUGAAGCUGAAGAACUGAUUGCACCUGGAACACCUAUUCAAUUUGAUAUUGUACUUCCUGCUACAGAAUUCCUUGAUCAGAACAGAGGGAGCAGGCGUAUCAACCCAUUUGGUGAAACUGAGGAUGACACAUUUCCAGAAGCAGAAGAUUCUCUUUUGCAGCAGAUGUUUAUAGUUCGGUUUUUGGGAUCAAUGGCAGUUAAAACAGACACUACUACUGAAGUAAUUUAUGAAGCAAUGAGACAAGUACUGGCAGCCCGGGCUAUUCAUAACAUCUUCCGUAUGACAGAGUCCCAUCUGAUGAUCACCAGCCAGACUCUGAGGUUAAUAGAUCCUCAGACUCAAGUAUCAAGGGCCAGUUUUGAGCUUACCAGUGUCACCCAGUUUGCUGCUCAUCAAGAAAACAAGAGACUGGUUGGCUUUGUGGUCCGUGUGCCCGAAUCCACAGGCGGAGAGUCUCUGAGCACGUACAUUUUUGAAAGCAACUCAGAAGGCGAAAAGAUAUGUUAUGCUAUUAAUUUGGGGAAAGAAAUCAUUGAGGUUCAGAAGGAUCCGGAAGCAUUGGCUCAAUUAAUGCUGUCCAUACCACUAACCAAUGAUGGAAAAUAUGUACUAUUAAACGAUCAACCAGAUGACAAUGACGGAAAUCCAAGUGAAAAUAGAGGCGCAGAAUCUGAAGCCUAACUCUCUUGCGCCUUUGGGGGAAGAGCACCCAGGAAGGAGAGCUACCUCCUUAAGGGUUUUCAACUUCUCUGAUAUACAGGCACACGACCCUGUUUCAGAACGCUGACAGUCACUUGUGGAAUGUACUCUCAAUGCCUUGGUACAGAGACUUGGGAGGGAAACAGUAAGAAAUGGUGAACAACAUUCCUACCCAUCUACAAAUGUUAUUUUAGGUGCUUUGUGGUAAGUCUUUUCUUAGAUUGUUAUUGUUCAGCGCUCAAAAUGAAAGUUAUGAGAAAAUGCAGUGUUCACUUUAUUUGAAUGUCAUCUUUUUAGUUUCCAGUAUCCUUUUUUUAAAAUGGUAAAAGCCUAGAUUGAUAAACACUAAAUAUUUCCUAUUAAUAUAAUCUAUUUUUGUAUUUUACUUAAUAAGCUUUAAGUGCCUGUCAUUCUGAAAAUUGUAUUUAUAAUCAAGCUUGUCUCAUAAUUGGACCUAAUAGCAUUAAUUUGUGCAGUUAGGUGACGAGCCCUGCUUUGAGGCCCAAACACUAGCAGAAAUGCAGGUCUAGUUUUGAUAAUUGUCCUAGACAUGCAGUAAAAAGACUAGCAGAUGAGUACCACAAAAGAUGUUUAAUUUUACAUUACACAGAAGUGGAACCUUAAUGAACCAGCAUUCAGAAGUUUACAGUCCUUUAGAUAUUACUGUUUUUAGUGGUGGAUCACUGUGGACAGGGUAUAGCUCUACCAGGUCCUGUUUCUUCUGAGCCAGACCCUCCUCAAGGAGGGGACCAGUUAAUUUUAAGUCACUUGAAGCACAGCUGGUCGUUGGGCUUGGUAUAAAGUUCCUAUUUCCACCCCUGACAUAUCCAGUUCCUGGUAACUCAGCCCAAUCCACCAUUCCUUCUGACCUGGAAAUAAGUAUAAUGACUUGGUACAGUGUGUUUAAUUAUAACCAAGUUCAACAGAAUAUCAUUGUCUUUGUAAUGAAUUAACCUAGCAGUAAAUGCUAGCAAUAAAAUCUAUCAUUCUGUUUC